AUGUCACCUUACAGACCCAACCCUUUCUUUUCCACCACCAACACCUUCUUCGUCCCUUCAGUAGGUGACCGAGUAGACAGCGCCGUCGCUCAAGCUCAAGCUUACGGCAAAGAUGCUCAAGCAAAAGCCAACGAGUUAGCUCACAAGGCAGACUUGAAAUUCCAAGAUGCUAAAGAGGCCGUAAAGGACACAGCUAAGGAUGCUACUGGAAACACACCUACCGGUAUCGAUCUUUACUCCAGAUUCGCCCUUGCUGGUGCUCUCGGUUGUGCUAUCACUCACGGUGCUCUUACCCCCGUUGAUGUCGUGAAAACCAGAAUCCAACUCGAACCCGAGGUCUACAAUAAGGGUAUGGUCGGUGGUUUCAGACAAAUCAUCGCUGCUGAGGGUGCUGGUGCCCUUCUUACCGGUUUCGGUCCUACUGCUGUCGGUUACGCCAUCCAAGGUGCCUUCAAAUUCGGAGGUUACGAGUUCUGGAAGAAGAAGGCUAUCGACGUUCUUGGUGUUGACAAAGCACGGGAGAACAGACAAGCCGUCUACCUCGGAGCUUCAGGUAUUGCUGAAUUCUUCGCCGAUAUCGCCCUUUGUCCUCUCGAAGCCACUCGAAUCCGAUUGGUAUCUCAACCCUCAUUCGCCAACGGUCUCGCUUCAGGUUUCCUCAGAAUCGCUCGAGAGGAAGGUCCCGGUGCAUUCUACGCUGGUUUCGGUCCCAUCCUAUUCAAACAAGUUCCUUACACCAUGGCUAAAUUCGCUGUCUUUGAAGUCGCUUCCGAGAAGAUCCUCCAAUCUACCGGAAAAUCCAAGGACUCUCUCACCGGUGGACAACAAACUGGUCUAAACCUUUCUGCUGGUUUGAUCGCUGGUAUGGCCGCCGCCGUUAUCUCUCAACCCGCCGAUACUUUGCUCUCCAAGAUCAACAAAUCAAAGGGAGCACCCGGUCAAUCUACCACCUCCAGACUUAUCCAAAUGUCAGGCCAACUCGGUGUCAAAGGUCUUUUCACCGGUAUGAGUGCAAGAUUAGUCAUGAUUGGUACCCUUACCGCCGGGCAAUUCUUAAUCUAUGGCGAUAUAAAAAAAGCGCUCAAUGCCACUGGAGGAGUCGAAAUAGCUGCUAUCCCCAAAUAA